AUGGACCCGGAUCAACAAAAGCUAGUCUUCGUCAAUAAAGAUUCGAGCUCGACCUUUUUAACUCGCUCCCAGGGCGGGGAGCGCGCCUUCAUCCUUAGCCAUGUCCAGAGACGCCGGCGACAAGGAGCUGCAUCCAAACAGCCCUGGUCACAGCGCACGUCGCAGUUUGCCUUUGACCAGGAAACGAAUACGACAUCGAGCGACGACAAAGGACCCCAACUCCUCACGAGCAGUCCGUCCAACAACGGCUUCGAUCCUUUCCACUGCACCAUUGCGGCAAUGGACGCUGGGAACCAUGCCAUGCUGCACUUCACCUUUGACCAGGGAGCAAAGCUUACCUUCCUGGCCGAGGCGUUUGCGCCCUCGGCCUUGGUUGGACGGGACACUCGGAUGAGACACGAGCGGGCCAUCAAUGAGAGAUUGAAACACUGCGUCGAGGAUGAGGCGUUGAUGUACUCUACUCUCGCAUACGGCUCAUGCUGUCAGGGUUGGAUGGCUGGUAUUCUUGAUCGGAAGCGUCCUCCUGAGUACUUCAUUGACAAGGCCCUCCAAGCCGUACGAGAACGUCUACAAGACACCCAACAACUCAAGAUCGACAACCAGCUCGCAUUGUCCAUCUACAGCCUCGCAAUCACAGAGUUCUGGAGUGGCUCACCAAACUUAUGGACACGAUGUCCUGAGAGACACAAGGCCAUGAUGAGCGCCCCAAGCACCGAUACCUCUGCUGCUCGCACACACUUGGGUGCUUUAUCAAGGGUUGUUGGCAGUGCUGGUGGCUGGAGCAAGUUUGACCCAUAUGUGCUCGAAAGCACUAUUCUGGCUGACAAGUUCCUGGCUCUGGCUGAGUUCAAGCCACCUGUUGUGCCCUUGACAUGGGAUCCCAUCUCCCUCUUCCCGGGUUACGUCGAGGGCACUCGACUAACUCUCCUUCGACAUAACCUCUUGAGUAAAGUCGUUUCGCUGGAUCUAUAUUUAGUACUGCAAGAUGUCACCAACUAUUUCCAUUACGCAGCCUCUUACUGGUCAGGCGGCGAGCGACAUGCCAACGUCGAGACAAAUCUGUUCCUCAAACUCCAAGCUCUGACGUACCGCCUCCUCCACCUCCAAGACCUAGAGCAAUCCGACAACUGCAUACGCACCACCACCUUGACAAUUCUCCUCAGUGCGACACAAUACCACGGUUCACAGGCCUCUGCCAGAACAUUAAUCUCCCGACUUCGUCAGGCCCUCGUCGAGGCACGCUUCUGCAGCGACGGGCUUGACGAGGGUAUACGCUUCUGGUGCCUGUACACGGCUGCCAUGACAACUGAGGCAUCUCCCGACAAGGACUGGUUCUUGUGCAUGAUUCAUCGCUUCUAUUUGCCAUCAGCACUUGACUAUCAGGUUGAAGAGAGGUUGAGAGGCUACCUGUUUCUGCCGGAUAGACAGGGAGCUCAGCUGUCGGCCUUGAUGGACGAGCUUGCUAGUCUUAGGUAG